GAUGGGGGCCGCCCGGAUCGCGCCCGGCCUGGCGCUCCUGCUCUGCUGCCCGGUGCUCAGCUCCGCAUACGCACUGGUGGAUGCAGAUGACGUCAUGACCAAAGAGGAGCAGAUCUUCCUGCUGCACCGUGCCCAGGCCCAAUGCCAGAAGCGGCUCAAAGAAGUCCUGCAGAGGCCAGCUGACAUAAUGGAAUCAGACAAAGGAUGGGCAUCUGCAUCCACAUCAGGAAGCCUAAGAAAGACAAGGCACUCUGGGAAGCUAUACCCUGAGUCCGAGGAGGACAAGGAAGGCUCCCAUGGCCAGCAGGCGCCGAGGGGCCCCUGCCUGCCCGAGUGGGACCACAUCCUUUGCUGGCCGCUGGGGGCACCAGGUGAGGUGGUGGCCGUGCCCUGUCCCGACUACAUUUAUGACUUCAAUCACAAAGGCCAUGCCUACCGUCGCUGUGACCGCAAUGGCAGCUGGGAACUGGUGCCUGGGCACAACCGGACAUGGGCCAACUACAGCGAGUGUGUCAAGUUCCUGACCAAUGAGACUCGUGAACGGGAGGUGUUUGACCGCCUGGGCAUGAUCUACACCGUGGGCUACUCUGUCUCCCUGGCCUCCCUCACCGUGGCUGUGCUCAUCUUGGCGUACUUCAGGAGGCUGCACUGCACGCGCAACUACAUCCACAUGCACCUAUUCCUGUCCUUCAUGCUUCGCGCCGUGAGCAUCUUCGUCAAGGACGCGGUGCUCUACUCGGGGGCCACGCUCGAUGAGGCCGAGCGCCUCACCGAGGAAGAGCUGCGCGCCAUCGCCCAGGCGCCCCCCGCCGCCCGCCGCUGCCGCCGCCGGCUACGGGGCUGCAGGGUAGCUGUGACCUUCCUUACUUCCUGCCACCAACUACUAUGGAUUCUGGUGGAGGGGCUGUACCUGCAUAGCCUCAUCUUCAUGGCCUUCUUCUCGAGAAGAAGUAUCUGUGGGCUUCACGUCUUCGGCUGGGGUCUGCCCGCCAUCUUCGUGGCCGUGUGGGUCAGUGUGACAGCCCUGGCCAACACCGGGUGCUGGGACUUGAGCUCCGGGAACAAGAAGUGGAUCAUCCAGGUGCCCAUCCUGGCCUCCAUCGUGCUCAACUUCAUCCUCUUUAUCAACAUCGUCCGGGUGCUGGCCACCAAGCUGCGGGAGAACCAAUGCCGGGGUGCGACACGCGGCAGCAGUCGGAAGCUGCUCAAAUCCACGCUGGUGCUCAUGCCGCUCUUUGGCGUCCACUACAUCGUCUUCAUGGCCACGCCGUACACCGAGGUCUCAGGGACGCUCUGGCAAGUCCAGAUGCACUACGAGAUGCUCUUCAACUCCUUCCAGGGAUUUUUUGUCGCCAUCAUAUAUGUUUUCUGCAACGGCGAGGUACAGGCUGAGAUCAAGAAUCCUGGAGCCGCCUGGACACUGGCACUGGCCUUCAAGCGGAAGGCACGCAGCGGAAGCAGCAGCUACAGUCGGCCGAUGGUGUCUCACACGAGUGGUUGACAAACGUGGCCCCCGCACGGACUCGGCCUGCCCCUCAGCCCCCGCCUGCUGCCCGCCCCACCACCAACGCACCCCCCGCUCCCCGGCCACACCAAACCGGGGCCCCCCUUCCAGGCCACACCACCUGCCGUGGCUGCUCCCAAGGACGAUGGGUUCCUCAAUGGCUCCUGUUCGGGGCUGGACGAGGAGGCCUCUGCGCCGGAGCGGCCACCUGCCCUACUGCAGGAGGAGUGGGAGACAGUCAUGUGA